CAACGCCAAACUGCAUCUAGGCCAUCUGUUGUUGUACGUACGCCAACGAUAGCAUCAUUAACAGCGGUAUCAGCAAUCGACACUGGUAACAUUAACCAGGCUGAGCAGGCCACAGUCGAGCAGCGCAAUCAGUCGAGCAAUUUGCCUCAGAUUCGUGAACAGAACAGAAGAAAGCUGGUUCGAUACGUGUACUUUGGUCAGGCGGUGCUGAUCAUCGUUGUUGCCCUCGCUUGGAUCGCUUUCGUCUUUCUGGAUUUACGGCCAAACAAUAGUACCACCAACAAACCAUUGUAUAAUAAUGUAACUUUUGUUUCGGCGAAAACCAUGGAAAAUUUGCAAAAUGAUACAGCGAAAACCAUCCCAACAGUAAGCCCGAACAGCUCGAGUUUGUUUGCUACGCUUGCCACCACUCAUAGUACUGACUAUUUAUUAUAAAU